GUGACCGCUCGAUAACACGUGACUCCUCUACGUCACCGCUACCAGGUGCAGCACCAUUCUAGACACGGCCGAGUACCGAGUGAGGAGCGAAUAGACAGUUCCUGGCGACGUGGGACGCGGCUCAUGUUGAAAAGAUGGUACAUGAAGAAAUCACUACUGGUCCUGGAAGGGUCAUUUGAAUAGUAGAGCCGUUUUCAUCUAAGAAAAAUAAUAGUCCAUCAUAUAGAAUGGCAGCAGGCCUUCCACAAAGUGGGGGAGCUGCAGGACCAUCCGGACCUUCUUCAGGAGCAGGCCAGUGGAAUUCAGGGUCUCUGGCAGUAGCUGUUUGGGAAUGGCAAGAUGAACUUGGUAAAUGGAGACCAUACAGCAGUAAAGUCAGCAACUACAUUGAACAAUGUAUGCAGUCUUACCAGCAACAGAAAAAUACCCGUGCUCUUGGGAACAGCAAUAGUAUCGCACUUGGACAAGCUGAUCCAAAGAUGGCUCCAUACAUUAUUGAUAUUGCAACCCUUGCACAGUUUCGCCAAGACACAGGAACCAUGCGGUAUGUUCGGAAAAGCCUUUAUUCACUAGACUCUGCACCAGCCAAGGGAAUCUGUUGGGAAUGGAUAAAUGAUGAUGGCAGUUGGACAGCUUAUGAAACCCAGAUUUGCAUAUUUCUAGAGGAAAACUUUAGCAAUGGCAAACAAUCUAUAGAUCUGGGAAUAUUUGGACUCUGCUACCACAUUGACUUUCUCAGGCUUGUUCAAACAAAUCAAGUCACUGGUUUUCAGAGACAAGUCCAGAGACGUCUUGAUACACCUUAUCCAGUUACUACAAAGGUGGGACCCGCGCAUAAAUCAUCUGCCUGUGCUUGCCACCAGUGUCUUGCAAGUAGUGGAGCGGGGCCUAUUCCUGUUCGGUAUAGACAUUCAAUGAUUAACUUGUCUACUUCCUCAAAUUACCCCAACACCAGUCGGACAUCUAACACUAGUGCUGGUUACCUACCUUAUCCAAAACCAACAAUGACUAGUGCAAAAUCAGCACCAAAGCUUAACAGCACUUGGUUACCUCCAUCAACAUCAAUGCAGUUUCCUGGUUCUUCGUCUGCCAAUGGAAUGCAGUUUCUUGGACCUCCUCCAUCCACUAAUGGAAUAAGCAUACCAUCACUUCCUGUGCAGAUUCCGAAGAGCAGUUCCUUGAAACAGGCUAUUGCAGGCAUGACGGCAAUUCUGAUGUCUGCAGCUGGGCUCCCCGUACGUCUUACCUCUGCAUCUUCACCCACCAACCCACACGUGACCAGUAAACGUGAUAAAAACUCAGUUAGGAGAUUGAGGAAAAUGCCAAAGAAAGGAUUAUCAUCUGACCCUGAACAAGUUGUGAAGAAAUACAUGGAAAAUCUCCAGAAACCACCAGAAGAGGAUUGUAUUAUCUGCAUGGAAACGCUUACUACUGCAUCUGGGUACAGCGAGUCUUCGGGGAGCAAAAACAUUAAGGAUACUGCUGUUGGGAAGCUGAAGAAGUGUGGCCACAUUUUCCAUCAGCUUUGUAUGUUAGAAAUGUAUAACAGUGGGAACAAGGAUGGAAGUUUGCAAUGUCCAGCUUGCAAGACGAUAUAUGGUGAAAAGACUGGAACCCAGCCAAAAGGAAAAAUGGACAUUUUUCUAAUACCUCAAUCUUUGCCUGGACAUCAAGAUUGUGGCACAAUCCACAUUGUGUACACCAUAGGUCCUGGAAUACAGGGACCUGAACAUCCUAACCCAGGAAAGCCGUAUACAGCAAGAGGCUUCCCUCGACACUGCUAUCUCCCAGACAAUCAGAAAGGAAGAUUGGUACUUGAGCUUUUGAAGUUGGCCUGGGCUAGGCGCCUGAUUUUCACUAUUGGUGUUUCCAGCACGACUGGUGAAUCGGACACUGUAGUGUGGAAUGAAAUCCAUCACAAGACAGAAAUGAACUCUAACAUAACGGGACACGGGUACCCUGAUCCAAACUACCUAGACAAUGUGAUUACAGAGCUUGCUGCCCAAGGGGUCUCAGAAGACUGCUUAAAUAUGUAAACGACUCGCUGGCUGCCUUUUUAUUGAGUCAAUGGAGGAGUUAAUUUAGCUCAUUUAUAUGAUGCCUUAAAAAUUUGGUUUAAGUUAGCAUUAUAUUUUUGGUAAAGCAAUACAUAUCUAAAAGAGGUUUACAAAAUUGCUAGGGAUAUCAUGGCUUGCUUUGUAAAAGACUGGCAUGUGACUUCAGAGUGCCAACCCUGCUGGACAGGGACCAGCCAUUAUAAAUGUUCCUCCAUGUUUUGCCCCUGCAUAUAUGUUACAUUCUACAUUAAUUAUUAAAUACACAAAAGGUAGAAUGCUGAUUUUUCUUUUCCAUAGGAUAAAUCAAAAGCAAUUCAGAUGCAAUAUCCGCAUGGUUUUCUUUUUGAUGUUUCUUCAUGGUACUUGGCACAUUUGAUAACAUUUUGUUCUACCUGGGAAAGUGAUAGCUGGCUUUUGAACCCUCCUGGAGCCCGAGCUAAUGUGCAGGCUUCUUUUGGCUCAUGUGCCAUUGGCUUGCUGUUCUUUUUGAUUUUGAAAAUGUUAUUUUAUAUUGGAAUUCUCUGUAAAUCAAACAAAAAAAAUAAAGUAUGUUUAUUGUUAAAGUGACUUAUAUCAGUUUAAAAACGGCACAUACAAAGCAAGUUGUUUCUUUACCAACAGCAUUUUAUAAUGGAAAAAAUAUAUAUACUUAAUAAAAAUUUUAUGUAA